AUGUUGAAAAAGUUUAAUUUGGAUCAUUGCAAGUCUAUGGUUGUUCUUUUUGUUGUGAAUGAGAAACUUAGCAAGGAUGAUGGAGCUGAACCAGCAGAUGCUUCACUGUACAGAAGUUUGGUUGGUAGUUUACUAUAUUUGACUACUUCCAGACCUGAUUUAAUAUAUUCAGUGAGCUUGUUAUCUAGAUUUAUGCAUUCUCCUAGUCAAUUGUAUUUUGUUGCGGGUAAGAGAGUGUUGAGAUACUUGAAGAGUAUUGCUGAAUUUGAUUUGUGGUUUCAAAGAGGAAAAGUUGUCAAGCUUGAAGGUUAUGUGGACAAUGAUUGGGCUAGAAGUAUUGAUGACUCAAAGAGCAUUUCGAGCUAUAUUUUUUUCCUUGGUUCAGGUCCUUUCUCAUAG